AUGAAGGGGUGGGACUUUUUUUGCUAACGUCACUCAAUUAGCUUCUCUCAGAAAAUGUGUGUAAAAGCAAAAUCCGGAAAGCGAUGAUGUGACAUUGUGACAGAAGUAAAUAACAUGACAGCAGUAGGUAAAUGUAGCAGCCUAUUCUGGAAAGCAAACGGCUAGCAUGAUAUGCUGCCUGUCAGAUCGUCUUUCGUAUGCUACAGAACAUGGAAAAGCAACAUUCCUUGUCACAGAAAUAUGCUUUAUCUUUCACCAAACCAAAGCAAUUUCUUUUUGAGUGGAAAAUGAACUUUUUUACAGCAUGGUGGCACAGAUCUCUCCCACCUCCAUCCGCUGUACUGACAUGCAGUACUUUCAAAGCAAAGUUAUGUAUCUGGUAGUGAUAACUUGAUGACCGCUAUGACCAACCACACAGGAAAAGCUACCACUCGAAGAACUAGUGGUGCAAGCUGUAGUCAAGAAAUACAAAGAAAUCUGAAUUUUGAUAUGUAUGCAAUUCAGUCUGACAGAUUUAUGUCAAUGCUGCUGAACAUGGUUCCUAUAGUAUUUAACAAAAAACAUGAAGGGACAAAGAAAACUGAUAGCACUUGGCAAACUGCCAUGACCUCAUCUGAUGAGUUAGAGCUCAACUCUCUUAAUGGGACUUCAAAUAAUGGGACUGCAGGACAGAGGGCAUUCAGUCAGAGUCCAAAGUAUGACAGGCGGACAGAUCUCAUUUGCCACUAUGAUGAUGGAGAAACUUCUGAGACUACUGCCAUGCUACAGAAUGACGAUUCUAGUGACAGUGGUGAUCAAACUGGUGGUGGCCAAACUGUAAACGGGACUAGGAAGAUGCCACAGGAGUCUGGUCUUACUAUGGCACUACAGAUUCUAUUGCCUUUUAUCUUGGCGGGUUUCGGUACUGUAUCAGCAGGAAUGGUUUUGGAUGUUGUUCAGCACUGGGAUGUAUUUAAAAAUGUCACAGAAGUUUUCAUCUUGGUUCCGGCACUACUUGGUCUCAAAGGAAAUUUGGAAAUGACACUGGCAUCCAGACUGUCUACUGCUGUUAAUAUUGGUAAAAUGGACUCCCCUAUUGAAAAAUGGAAUUUAAUAUAUGGCAACCUUGCACUGAAGCAGGUACAAGCUACAGUGGUUGGAUUCCUAGCAGCAGUGGCUGCAGUUGUGCUGGGGUGGAUUCCAGAGGGCAUGUUUCGUUGGGAUUAUGCAUUACUGCUGUGCUCCAGCAGUGUAGCCACUGCUUCCAUUGCAUCACUGUUACAGGGAAUAAUAAUGGUUGGAGUCAUAGUUGGAUCAAAGAAGACUGGAAUAAAUCCAGAUAAUGUUGCCACCCCCAUUGCUGCUAGUUUUGGGGAUCUUAUCACUCUUGCUAUCCUAGCCUGGAUAAGUCAGGGUCUUUAUAACUGUCUGGAGACAAAAAUCUACGUAUCUCCUUUGGUUGGUGUAUUUUUCUUGGCUCUGACCCCCGUUUGGAUUGCAGUGUCUAUCAAGCAUCCAGCUACAAGAAUUCUUCUACGUUCAGGGUGGGAACCAGUCAUAACUGCAAUGGUUAUUAGCAGCAUCGGUGGCCUUAUACUAGACAGAACUGUUUCGGAUCCUAAUCUGGCUGGCAUUGUUGUUUACACACCAGUAAUCAAUGGUAUUGGUGGCAACUUGGUGGCUAUACAGGCUAGUAGAAUUUCAACCUACCUUCAUUUCCACAGCAUACCUGGAGAGCUGCCAGAAGAGGCCAAACACUGUUAUCAUCCAUGCAGAACAUUUUGUGGCACAGGACCAAAUAACAAGUCUGCACAGGUGCUACUCCUGCUUGUCAUUCCCGGACACAUGAUCUUUUUGUAUACAAUUUAUUUAAUGAAGAGUGGGCAUACGUCUCUAACGGUUAUUUUUGUUGUAGUGUUUAUGACUGCUGCUCUGCUACAGGUGUUUAUCCUUUUGUGUUUUGCGGACUGGAUGGUACAUCACAUGUGGAAGAAGGGGAAGGACCCAGACAGUUUCUCGAUUCCUUACCUGACUGCUUUGGGUGAUUUGCUGGGAACUGCAUUACUUGCUGCUGGCUUCCACUUUCUCUGGGUGAUAGGAGACAAGGACAGUGAUGUAGGAGAUUAAACAUUCUUCUGUUCACUGUUGGCUGCCAUAUGGAACAUAAAACAGGAACCAUUACAUAUAACAUGUUUUUUUUUCAGUUGCACCACUGCAGUGAUUUGAGUUGGAGGAAACAACAGAAGCUCAUUAUCCAUUGUCUAACCUAAAAAAAUGAAGCGGCUUAGACUGUUCAGUCCAUCCUUUUGAUACUGAUGUUAAAAAAAGAGAGGUAAAAGCAGAUUAGUAGCACACAAAAUAUAUCCUUUUAAGCAUUGUCAAAAUCAGUUUACACAGAAUGAAUAAUGGUUUUGUAAAACAAGAUUAUUUGCCAGUUAAUACGUGGUAGUCUGUCAUUUUUAUAACCACUUACUUCUGGAUAGAGGCUAACUCUUCUCGAAGGCUAAGUUGAAAGGCUUUGUAAACUUUGUUGCAUCAUAACCUGUGCAUUAAGUAUACAUUUCAGCUGAUCGUCACUGCCUAGCCAACACUGAAUGACUUUAAUUGAAGAUGUUUCUCAAACAGAAUAUAAUAGAACUGAAAACUGAAAGAAAGUACAAGUCUAAUGUUUCUGUUUUACUCCUGAUUUGUUCUUGGAUGGACAUAAGAGUUCAAGAUCUCAACAGAUGCACUUGAUAUUUGAAGUGACCACUUGUGUAACACAACUUUAGUGACUUACUUUUAUAGGAAAAGUUUACUGAUAAACCUUCAUGUAGUCAUGGAAGAAGUACAGACAUUUAAAGAAUUUAAAAUGUGUAAUCUUUGCUGCAUUUGAUAUAUUAGAGUUUUGUCUAUCAGUAUCUGUGCACCUUGGAUGGUUCAUUCAUGUCUUGCAUAAUUUUUUCUGCUUGAAAGGUUUAAUUUUAACAAUGUUAGAUAAGUGUUACAUAAAAGGGAACAGUUUUUUUGAGUACAGAUUCUUCAAAGAUGGAUGUUUAGCAGAAUGCAUUUAUUUUACACUGUCCUAUUGAGGAUCUAUUUUCUAACUACUUAUUGACCUGUUGUAAUAAUACAGAAUAUGUAUAUUGUGAAGCAUAAAAUUUUUAUUGGCCAUAAUAUUAAUGAGAUUGAAUGGGAAGUGAUUAGCAAGAUUCAGCCAAACAAAUAUAUUGCCUUUAAUUGCUGCUGCUACAGUUAAGAAAAUUAAAAUGCAGAAACUCCACUGUAAUUAGUGACACUUAGUUUGCUGUGUUUGUGGUACAUUUAUUUUUAUAAAAAUCUUAACCAUUUGCAAA